AAGCAUGUUGUUGCUAUCUUCACUUCAUUAGUUGGAAAAAAAUUAAAACCAUCAUUGCGUUUUUGGGUGUUCUUUCUGCAAAAAAAAAUUUAAUUCAUUCAUUUGGAGAACUUUUUAAUAUUAGAUCUAACUUAAAAUGUCAUCAAACGGAAAAGUGCCACCAUCAAUAUCAUGGGCGCAAAGAAACGAUGUGCUAUAUAUAAUUGUUAACGUAGAAUGUAAGGACGUCGAUUACAAAUUUACAGAAGAUAGUAUGUUUUUUAAAGGAACUUCUGUAGUUGGUAAUAUUCAACAUGAAGUAACUUUAAACUUCCUUAAUAAAAUAAACCCAGAAAAAGUAAUAACAAAAAACAUUAGCAGGUGUUUGGAAUUUACCAUUUGUAAGAAAGAAACUGGUCCUUACUGGCCGACACUGACAAAUGAUAAAAAGAAACCUCAUUUCUUAAAAGUAGAUUUUAAUAAAUGGGUUGAUGAAGGAUCUGAUUAUGAUGACACAACAACGGAUUUUUAUGACUACCUAAAUAAUAUGAAAACUCCAGAUGGUAAACCUAGUUUUCCGGAUCUUGGCGAUUUUGAUGAUGAUUCAGACGAUGAAAAUAUUCCACAGUUAUCAGAUUAAUAUAUUAAUGAAGAGGAGCAGAUUAAUAAAUAAAUAUAAAAAUUCUUAAUACAUUUAUCAUUUAAUCAAUAUUAUUAAUUUGAAUAAAAAACAGAAAUUAAGUAAUCAACAGAAAUUGAAAUCAUUAUGAAGAAUCAAGGAUAUCAUAAUAUGAAUGGAAACCAAAUGCAAGUUUUAAGUUUUUUUUUUUUAGGGUUAAUGCACUUUUAUAAUUUGAUUUCAUGAUUUUUCUAAUGUUUAAAAAUUUACAAAAACAACCGAAAUAUAAAUACUGAAGCCGGAUUCAGUAAAAUUAUAAACAAUUAUUUAAUUGAAUUUAAUAUACAUACAUAUAUACA